UUUCUCAAAUUAAUACAGAUCUUAUACAAAAUUUCACCACACGUGUCAGAGGAUCAAAGCAAGGGAAUAAAAAGUUCAGAUAAAGAUGAAUGCUUGUAACCUGUCGACUCAGGCUCCAAGUACAUCGCAGACGAUGCUCGGCAGCCAAGAACCGCAGCUCCGUCCAAAUAAUACAGGUAUCGUUGCAUAUAUCGUCGUCAUGGCGGUCAUCUUAGCAGUGGGUUUUGUUGGCAACGUGCUGACUAUAUUAGUCUUAAGUUGCCACGAACACAAAAACAAGAACAUCACCCCAUUCAUGAUGAACCUCGCGAUCGCUGACAUCAUUAUUAUCGUUUUUGGAUAUCCAGUGGUUGUCGCAGCCAACUUUACCUCCUCCGGGCUCAACGUUCGUAACAGUCGGACCCAGUGUAUUUGGUCAGGAUUUAUUAAUGGCUCUGUUGGUAUCGCUUCCAUCGCCAACUUAACUAUGAUGAGUCUGGUGAUGUAUUCUGCCAUCAGUAAGGUUAGCAACAGUACAAAAAUCCCCAGAUCCAAGAUGAUCGGCAUUAUUAUAUUUACGUGGGUGUAUGGAGUGAUGGCUAUGGUCCCGCCAUUAGUGGGCUGGAACGAAUUCGUCCCAGGCGCCUCCGGUAUCAGCUGCUGUCCGAACUGGUCACCCGAAACAAAGGCUGGAAUGGCGUACAAUAUGUUGUUGGUUUUCGUUGGCUUCGUUCUGCCACUAAGCGUCAUUAUUUACUCUUAUCACAGGAUAUACAGGUACAUUCGUGCACAGCCACCAAUGCUUGGAAGUGCUUCGAUUCAAGCCAUCCGAAGAAAAUCCGAGAUCAAAGUCGUGCGCAUGAUUGCCAUGUCAAUUGCAGCCUUCGUCCUAAGCUGGUCUCCCUAUACUUUCGUCAGUAUUAUGGCCACCAUCCGGGGUUCUAAUGUUCUGACACCUGACUCGGCAGAAGUCCCGGAUCUUUUAGCUAAGGCUUGGGUUAUCUACAAUCCCAUCGUGUACACAGCAAUGAACGACAGAUUCCGUAGAACCUUGAUGCGUAUUGUCUCAAUUCGCUGCAUCUUCCGCAAGGCAAUAAAUCCAAUGGGAAGAACGAUGUCACUCACGGUGGAAUCACGCCCCACGCAUGCGUACACGAUACCGGAUCCGCCGAGAGAUAGAGCCCAAAGUGUGGUUUAAUUCAGAUACCUUCAGUGACAAUGAACAUUCGUCAAAAGCUUCUCUCCACAGACGGUGGGAAGUCGAUGUUUGAAAUCGAAGCUGAAGUCGUGGUUGAUAAUAUGCCAAAUUUCAGUCAGAUUCAUGGAACUUUGUAUUGCAAAUAUCUACACCUUACCGUCGUCAGCCUGUAUAAAUAAUGUAUUAUUGCUACCAGAUCUCCUCCUUUAAUCACCCAGUCGACGUAAAUUUGGCGACAACUAAAGACGACGAGUAAAUCUCUGGAGAAUAUGAUAUUCAAAGCAUGCUGACUAACCCUUUGCAUCAAAUGGUCGUGUGGUGUGUUAUCCACCGACUAUAGAUAAAUUCAAUUUUCGCAGUUGUCUAUUUAAGAGAAGGCUCUUCGUAUACUGUUUUUAAGUCGCGUUGGAAUUUGUAGUGAUGGUUGCCCGACUAAACUUGUAAUUUUCCAAUCGAUAUCCCAGUUGAAAAACAUAUUUUAGAUAGAAUAUACCAACUUGAAAUACGCCUGGCAACAAACUGUCAAUUUACGUGCGACGCAAUAGAGAAACCUAAACUUGGUUUUUAUAUUGUGCUGUUUGUAGUCCUCAGGCUUCAACAGAAUUAGAACUUUUGACUGCUUUGUGUUACCAAUGCUAUGCUUUGUGCAUGUUUUAUUUUCAUGAAAUUUUGAUCUUAAAUAUAUACAUGUUAUUGCGAUAUUCCUUCUCAUUUAUCUAACUCCACUACCUGUUACACCAUCAAAGUGGUUCGUUAGUAGUAUUAAAAAAAGAGAUCCAUCAUAAAUAAAC